GGGAAGAAUCGAAAUGUAACUCAUUUCAGCCUCGGCGACUGUGAGCGAGAGAGAGAGACGCGACAGAAAAGCCUGUCGAAGAAGGAAGAAGAAAUGGAGAAGAACAAGGUACCGAAGAGGCUUGUCGGGAAGGUUGCUAUUGUCACGGCUUCGACGCAAGGGAUCGGCUUCGGUAUCGCUGAGCGCCUCGGCCUCGAAGGCGCCUCCGUCGUCGUCUCCUCUCGCAAGCAGAACAAUGUGGACGAGGCGGUUGGAAAGCUCAAAGCCAAGGGGAUUGAUGCAUUUGGGAUCGUCUGUCAUGUGUCGAAUGCACAGCACAGGAAGAACCUUGUUGAAAAGACUAUUCAGAAAUACAGGAAGAUAGAUAUCAUCGUCUGUAAUGCUGCAGCUAAUCCUUCAACAGACCCGAUCUUGUCAAGCAAAGAAGACGUCCUUGACAAGCUUUGGGAAAUCAAUGUCAAAUCCUCCAUACUUCUCCUGCAGGAUACAGCUCCUCACCUGGAGAAGGGAUCUUCAGUAAUUUUCAUAACUUCCAUUGCUGGAUAUCAACCGGCAGGCGCCCUGGCCAUGUAUGGGGUGACGAAGACGGCUCUUCUUGGACUCACCAAGGCACUUGCUGCAGAGAUGGGGCCAGACACGCGGGUGAAUGCCAUUGCCCCUGGUUUUGUGCCGACACACUUUGCUUCUUUCAUCACCGGAAGUCCUGAAGUGAGAAAAGGCCUCGAGGAGAAGACUCUGCUCAAUAGGUUGGGGACGACGGAAGAUAUGGCCGCAGCGGCAGCCUUCUUGGCAUCCGAUGACGCUUCUUACAUCACCGGAGAGACUUUGAUCGUCGCCGGAGGAAUGUCCUCUCGCCUUUGAUACAAAACUACAAAAUCAAUGAACAAAAUAAUAAUCAUAAUAUAAAAACAGGUCAUAAGACUCUUCAUGCAAGAUUGGUUAGUCCAUUUCAUUUCAGUUGUGUAAUAAGACGGUAACAGUUAUAGACUAUACCCCAAGUCAGAUGUCAAUUUGCAUUUGGUACAAUUAUGUAAAGGAUAUAAUCGGUAGUUUUUGCAUUAA